CACACCUUUGCACUUCGACAAGUGCUCUAACGACAACAUGGCCAAGAACGCAACCAUCAGCGAGAAGACCGCGCCGACCUACACGACCGCCGAUCCAAAUGGCGAUUUCGCGCAAACUACCGAUGUCGUCGAAGGACUUCAUCGUCGUCUCUCAAAUCGCCAAAUCCAAUUAAUCGCAAUUGGAGGUUCGAUUGGCACAGCACUGUUCGUUUCCAUUGCAUGGGGCCUCGUAGAAGGCGGUCCCGGUAGCUUGUUCAUCGCCUUCGCGAUAUAUUGCGCGAUUCUUGCCCUCGCCAACAACUGCAUGGCUGAGAUGACCGUCUUCAUGCCCGUGGUUGGAGGCUGGGUUAGAAUGGGCAGCAAGUGGGUUGACGAGGCCUACGGUUUCAUGGCUGGUUGGAACUUUUUCCUCUACGAAGCCGUCUUGAUCCCAUUCGAGAUAUCUGCGCUCAACUUGGUUCUGACUUUCUGGAGAGACGACAUCCCGGUCGCUGCUGUGGUCGCCGGCUGCAUCGUGCUUUACGGCAUUAUCAACCUGUUUGCGGUUCGCGCAUACGGAGAGAGCGAGUUCUGGCUCGCAUCCGGCAAGGUGCUGCUCAUCUUCAUGUUGUUUUGCUUCACAUUCGUAACAAUGGUUGGUGGCAACCCCAAGCACGAUGCAUACGGCUUCCGCUAUUGGAAAAAUCCCGGAUCUUUCGCGGAAUACAUACACACAGGCACGCUCGGUCGUUUCGAAGGCUUCCUUGGCGCAUUCUUCCAGGCCAGCUUCACGUGCGUCGGCCCCGAAUACGUCGCGAUGGUUGCAGGGGAAGCAAUUUACCCUCGCAAAACAAUCAAAACCGCUUUCAAGACGAUGUACUUUCGAUUUGGGCUCUUUUUCAUCAUGGGAGCACUUUGCGUUGGCAUCAUCCUGCCCUCGAAUGAUCCUACGCUCACGUCUCUACUCAAUGCUGGCGAUACGGGAACUGGCGCGAGUAGCCCGUACGUUAUUGCGAUGAAGAAUCUGGGCAUUUCGGUUCUACCUGAUCUCACAAAUGCGUUAAUGGUAACUUCCAUCUUCUCAGCUGGCAACUCCUACGUCUAUUGUGCGACCCGUACCCUCUAUUCCCUCUCCCUCGACGGCCACGCCCCGCGCUUCCUCCAAAAGACCACCCGUGCUGGCGUACCCAUCUACUGCUUCUGCGUCACUAUGGUAUUCCCGCUCCUCGGCUUCCUCUCCGUCGGCCGCGCCGCCUCUCAGGGCGUAAAAUGGCUCGCCAACGUCACACAAGCCGCCCAGCUCAUGAACUACAUCAUCAUGUGCACCAUCUACCUAUGCUUCUACCGCGCCCUCAAAGUCCAAGGAUACGACCGUAAUUCCCUUCCGUACAAGGGUUGGGGCCAGCCGUACGUUGCUGUCGCAGGUGUGAUCUUGUUUUCAGUGGUGCUCGCGAUAUAUGGGUAUGCGACGUUCUACGCUUUUGAUGUGGGCACGUUCAUGACUUACUAUGCGAUGUGCUUUAUUGAUAUCGUGUUGUAUAUUGGGUUCAAACUUUGGAAGCGGACACCGUUUGUGAAGCCUGAAGAGGCGGACUUGGUGUGGGAAAGGCCGAAGAUCGAUGCGUAUGAGGCGAGUAUCGAAGCACCGUUGGGGCCGUGGAAGGAUAUCUGGUUGACGGUAACAUUUCAGAAGAAGAAGGGGGUGCGGGAGGAGGAUGCGUGA